CGCACACACGCACACGCACACACACACACGCACACACACAGGGCUACAGCACACUAGAGAGAGAGAGGCGCGAUCUGGUAGCAGUCAUACACACCCGCACACAGGCACGCUCUCUCACAGCGCUGGCUCCACUGCUGCUCCCCGGCUGUUUGCAGACAGGACGACACAGACACCGGCACCGAUAUCCACUCGGAGAGACAGAGAGAGAGAGAGAGAGAGAGAGAGAGAACCUCAUCACAUCAUGCUGGAUUGACUGAGGAGCUGGAAUAGAAAUCAAUGGCUGAGCUUUGAAAUCGUUUAAAUUUAUCUGUUAGUAAAAGAGGGGGAGAGGGGGAGAGUGAGAGAGGGGAAAACAAAACAAAUAAAUAAAUAAAUAAUUUCAGCUAUGGAACUUACAAUGGACAAUCUUGGGAAUCUGCACAGCGUGUCUCACUCGCAGUCUGGGGAGCUCAUGAGCGCUUCCCACGGCCGGCAGCCCUCUCACCGGAACCUGGUGUCGCACAGCCGGCCCGCUAUGGUCUCCAGCAUGGCUUCUAUCCUGGAAGGAGCGGGGGAUUACCGGUCGGAUCACAGCCUGGCAGGGUCCUUGCACCCGGCCAUGAGCAUGUCUGCCUGCGAAUCCCAGUCCGGCAUGAGCCUCAGCAACACCUACACCACGCUGACCCCCCUGCAGCACCUGCCGCCCAUCUCCACGGUCUCUGACAAGUUUCACCAUCAUCCCCACCACCACCAUCACCACCACCACGCACACCAGCGGCUCGCCGCCAGCAACGUCAGCGGCAGCUUCACCUUGAUGCGGGACGACCGGAGCCUGGCUUCCAUGGGCAACCUGUACAGCCAUUACCCGAAGGACAUGUCCAGCAUGGGCCAGUCGCUUUCUCCGCUCUCCAACGGCCUCGGUUCUUUGCACAACUCCCAGCAGACCCUCAGCGCCUACGGCCCAGGGGGUCACCUGUCCAACGAGAAGAUGCUUUCGCCCAACGGGUACGAGUCGCACGCUGCCAUGCUGUCCCGGAGCGAGGACCACUUGGCUCGGGGGCUCGGGGGGCCGGGAGCCGGCAUGAUGCCAGCGCUGAACGGCAUGCACUCGCACGGGCACCACCAUGCCCAGUCCAGUGGCUCCAUACUGUCCGAGAGGGACAGACAAGCGGCAGGCGGAUCUCAGGGCGUGGGGCCCGGGCAAGUGGAGGAGAUCAACACGAAAGAGGUGGCUCAGAGGAUCACGGCGGAGCUAAAGCGCUACAGCAUCCCGCAGGCGAUUUUCGCGCAGCGGAUCCUGUGCAGGUCCCAGGGCACACUAUCGGACCUGCUGCGGAACCCCAAACCGUGGAGUAAACUCAAGUCGGGCCGGGAGACCUUCAGAAGGAUGUGGAAGUGGCUCCAGGAACCGGAGUUCCAGAGGAUGUCUGCGCUCAGACUGGCGGCCUGCAAGCGCAAGGAGCAGGAGCAGCACAAGGACCGCAACCUGGUGCCCAAGAAGCAGCGGCUGGUGUUCACAGAUCUGCAGCGACGGACCCUCAUUGCCAUCUUCAAGGAAAACAAGCGGCCCUCCAAGGAGAUGCAGAUGACCAUCUCCCAGCAGCUGGGCCUGGAGCUCAACACCGUCAGCAACUUCUUCAUGAACGCCCGGCGCCGCUGCGUGGACCGCUGGCACGAGGAGCACAGCGGGAGCCCGGGGCAGCCAGGGACCUCCACCAGCACCUUCUCCAAGGCAUGAGGAGGGACCCCCUCCCUCCCUCCCUCCCACCCCCGACCCGACCCGACCCGACCCAAACCAAACCAACCGCCAAGGGGCCGCAGUGCAGCCAGACACACACACAGACACACACCCUUCCGCGCGGUGCCUCACAGACAUGAAACAUGCACAAGGAACACUCCAGCACCUUCGAUCAGCAUUGAAGCCUGCAUGGGAACAUGCACACACAACUCAAUCAGCACGGGGAGAGCGACGAGAAACUCAAUCAGCAAGGGUAGAGCGAUGAGAGGUCAAGGGGACUGACGUUCUUCAGCUACAUCAGUGUAUGGAAAGAAGAUGCAGGAAUUCUCCGGGGGUGUGUGCACUGGUGAUGCAUCUUCUGAGUUUCCAUGGAAGUUUAUAAGGAUCGACAGCCGUUGCACUGGGUAAAAGGAAAUGCACACCAGCGCCACCUGCUGCUGUAAAGCGGAACUGCACAGGGGUUCCCAUAAAUUAGUUUUAUUGUUUUCGAAAGACAAGGACUGUACAUGUUACAAGUCUGGGAGAACACCACUAGCCAGUAGGAAUAAAAUAAAUAAAUAAAAUAAGGGACUACUGCACAAAACACAAAACUUACUUAAAAAAAAAAUACAGAAACCAGGAUAAAAAAAAUAACAAUCAAAAAUAAUAAUAAUAUGAGAAAUGUGAAGAGGCCUCCCUCAGCAGGGUCUGGGUGCUGUGUGCAAGGAGACCAGGCUGCACUGCAUCCUGAACAAGAUAUCUGCAGGUCUGCCGGAAGCACACUCACUUAACACAUGGGAAAGAAACAAACAAAAAAACACAUAUACUGGAUUUUUAUUUUUAACCAAACCUUUCUUUCAGACUAUACAAGGUCAAUGUAGAAUAACCCUAUAGUAGUGGUUGACCUGAAGUUGUUUAUUAAUAUAUUGUUAACUAUGGUAAAUGUUAUGUAUUGUAUAUGCUCGAAUGGAAAACGGUUCAAUGCAUCGUCUCUGUUACCAAAGAAAAAAGAAAAGACUCGGGGGGGGGGGGAAACAUGGAGCGAGAAAAAUGAAAUGCAGACCUCUCCCCCGAGCAGGGGCGCUGCAUUCAAAUGGCUACUCUCAGAAAGAGACUUAAUAAUAGUGCCAAUGACAACUGCCUUAAUGAUAAUCAUUGAAGAUGGUACUGCUUUAACAAAGAGACAGCGCUUACUAGUGGGGGACCUGUGCCAUAACACACCAAAAACAGCAACAACAAGCAAGUACAAAACGUCUCCUUUUAAAUGAUAGAAACCUCACAACAGAGCAUCACCCGAGCUCCACCACGACCAAACAGCCUGGAAAUAACUUUACCUUUCUCUGUCUCUCUGUCUCUUUCUAUCUCUCUAAUAUAUUGAUGCGGGUAUAUAGUACCAUCUAACACAAAGAACCUUCUUAUUCACUUUACUACAUGCCCUGUUGUGCAGAUAUGUAAGGCACCUUGCUGACAAUACAAAAAAAAAAAAAAAAAAAAAAUACAAAUAUUUCCAUGUGGAAGAAGUGCACAGACUUUUGGAUUACUUGUGAAUACUGUGAUGAAUAUAACAAUUAUUAAAAAAAAAGGAUUAAAUGAAAGAAGAAUAUUAAGAGGAGGAACGAGACCCAACGACCCAACGGAGAUCUGGAGCUGAACACUAAUCACACAGGACUACUGUGUUGCCAAAAAAACGUUCCUCCGAAGUUCUCUUCUUGUCUUGCGGUGAUGUAGUGAUGCUUGAUUCUUCAAAUCUGCCUACACCUCGUGUUGGGGGGGGGGGGGGGAUUGUUGCACUCCGUUCCUGGGGUGGUACAGUUUUAGACGAGGGCAAAAAAAAAAAGAAAAGGAAAAAAAAACCUUUCCAGUGAGAACCACAGUGGCUACCUCACUUGAGCUUUCAAUCUGUGGUUUUUUAAAAGCCACGUCUGAUACCAAAGAUUUUUCAACCUUGCCUGGUCUGUGUUUGUUACCCCGGGGGUCCCCUUCUUACCUGCCCCCUCCCCCUUUUCCUCUCUCCUAUCCCUUGGCAGGAUACGGAGAAGUCCCUGUCGAUUCUAGAUAACGAUACAAACCACGAGACGAUAGAAUUAUCCCAGUCCCACCUCGCAGGGAGAUACCGAGUGGAGAAUGAUGAGAGUGAAGAGAUGAGUGCCUUUUUCCUUCAUCCAGAGGUGUGACUGCUUUUACAAAACACACACGCAGACACACACAGGACACAGCUAGCUGUGCAGCAAAUACCUCAAUCCUUUUAGAAGCCUUCCUUUCCUCCGGGUGUUACGACACAAUGAGUAUGGAACAGCCCCCCCCCCCCCCCCCCUCCCCCGUGCUGAGAGCCCAGACCCCCCUGUUAUUUUACACCAGCGAGUCUCUAUUCACAAGGUAUCCAAGUGGUUUUGCUGCUUUUUUUAUUUUAUAAAUUGCUAUGUAUUUUGCGGGAAGUGACUGCAAAAUCUUAAUAUAACUUGUUUAAACUAAAACACACAGAAGCACUUUAUCGUGUUUAAAAAACCUGCAUGCCUUAUUUACUAAUUUAUUUUGCUGUUUAUUAUUUAUUAAAACUGUUAUUUAAUGUGGGGGGAAAAAAAAACGUAUUGUAAACCUUUUUCUGUUUUGUUUUGGGUGUACAGUCCGCACUUGCUAUAUCUGCACACCAGGUGGCACUAGUUCCUUUAGAUUUCAGUGAAGUGAGUCUCAUUGUAACGUAAAUCAGUAGUGGCUGUUACCAAAGAGAAUACCAAAGACCCCCCCAGCCCCAACCCCAACCCCAACCCCAGACAGAGAGACGGGACCCCCUCCCACACACUCUCCAGCACAGACCAGGCAAGCCUUUUGACAAUUUUCUCUGAAAUACCUCAAAUGUUUAAUGUAAGUUUAUGUGAUAAAAAAAUAGUUAGUUUUGGAACUUGUGACUUGAAGCUUUAUACUGUUCUCAUUAUAAUUUCGCAGAGUUGGCAUGUAUUCUUCUGGGACGUGUUCAAACGGAAAGACCUAUUGAAUGUUACAGUGAGGACGAGACUCACAUUGCUCAUUGGUUCAGAAGGGAAGACGAAGCCCGGGGUAGUUUACACAUUUUCAUAUUAAAAUAAAAUAAUAAAUAAACAUCCCUUUUAAAGUCUGAAAAAAAGAAAACUAUGAAAAUAAUAACAAUAAUAAUAAUAAUAAUAAUAAUAAGACAGCCUUUUUCUAGACGUGUUUUGGUUUUACAGCCAUGUCCUAACUGCAGUGUUUCUAUGUGUUUUGUGUUCAAGAUGUAAUUUAAAAAAAAAAAAAAAAAAAAAAAGGGAUGAUGUUUUUUGCAUGGAUAUGUAACUCUGUAAUAAUAAUGCUGAUUAGUAUUUUGGGGAAAAAAAACAAACAACAAAAGUAAAUCGAUAUUAAUUUAAAAACUACAACAGCAGCAGCAGCAACAACAACAGGUUUGGAAUGGUAUGCAUGGGGGUUAUAGGAAACUCUUAUGGUUUUUUUUCCUGUUGUAUAUAAAUGUGUUGAAACAACACUCAGUCUAAACCAAACCGCUGCUGUGAGCCAGCUCAUACCUAGGGGCGGGGUCACAGACAGAACCCCUGCCCAAUCACAACGAGACAGGACUGACCCCACUGCCCAAUCACAAUGCGACAGGACUGGGGGGUGGGGGCAGCGACAGUGAUUUAAAAAAAGUCUGCCGAUAUCGAUUUAUAUUAACAUGGCCUGACCAGCCGGACCCAAAACAAAACGCGUCAUUGUUUCUCUUUUAUAUUACUGUGUAUUUCAAUCAUAGCAAAGUGUCUUUGUUUUAGAAAAAAGACAAUCAGUUACUGAGACGGCUCGGGCAACGCUUCUCCAAGACCGGCUGCUGACUGCCUAGAGUGAGCUGCCCUCCAACCUGCCACUGCAACCCAACCCUCCCCUCCCCGGGGCUGCCUUCCCACUGCUCACACCCAGGCAUGGAGAGGCAGGCAGAGAGAGCGCUGUGUGUGCUGAGCCCUCCUUCACAGGCCAGUGUGUGCAGGCACAGCCCUCGUGAGAAUGCGUUACUUGAACACGCCUCUUGCAGAGGGAGACAAUCAUUGGAACAGCACAGCACAGCGCUCGUUGAUACCGCUCUCCAGACUUGAGACAGCAGAGGAAACGCAGCUUAACUGUAUCCAAACCAGAACCCCGACCCCAGCCCUGAAACUCAGCAUGUGAAUCAAAGUCUAAAAGCUCUUUAUUACCUCACUCCCGAAGCCACACAGACAACUGCUGCUUUAUAUCGCUACCGUGACGGACGGCUCCACCUGGUGUUUCGACAGGGGAGCUCCGACAGCCCCACGCCUGUAGUUUAGUCUAGCUGAGUCGAGCUGGCUGCUGGCUGGCUGUAUAUUUUUGCACAGAAAGCUAUGCAAACACCUGCACCCACUCCCGAGCCUGGCGGUGGGGGCCAGAGUGUACAAUCCGCCCUCCCAGGCACGGCAACACCGCCCGGCACAAAAGGGUACAAUAUUGAGUGUCUAGGAGAGGACUGCUAUCUGGGAGGCUGCAGUUAUAUAUGGUUUAUAUAUUAUUUAUAUAAGAAAACAACAGUUAGACCUGUAAGUUAAUGUAAGGCAACUGUUCUGAAUUCCCCAGCAAUGUUAGACAGUUAACACACAUCCGCAGCACCCUCUAGUGGUUUGCUACUGCACUGCUGGAUGUCUUUGAUGGCUGCUCUCACUCACAAUGCUGUGAGAUCAUAAUGCUGUGAGGAUAACUGAAGAGAACCAACCCGCAGUGAUUGUAUUGGAUUGUCUAGCUGGUAGAUGCAGACUGCUUUUCAUAGAUGCUAACCUUGUUUGACGUGCAAGGUUUGAGAAUCCCCGGAGCCUUGCACACACACGCACAUGCACGCACACACACACACAUUCACAGGCUGAGCACCCCCCCCCCCAACUCCUCUAUGCAUUCCACUCAAUCGAUGCUGAAAUGGCCCCCAGAGUAUCCCUGCUAAAAACCAAAGACUAUAAUAUAAGUGUGACAAUCUGUUGUUUGUUAACAGACAAUUCUUAAAUAAAAGGUACUCUGGAGAGCCGUCUCUAAACCUCAACCAGCCAAGAAAAACUACCCCAUUGGAAACGCUCUACCAUCUCUCAGCAAUCACAUGCGCUCAGCAUACAAGAGCGAUGGAAGUGCGCAGAGGGGCAGGCUCCUUCAGUCCAGGGCAGGCUUGUCUUGGGGAACCACUUGCGAGGGGAAAUGGAGGAACUUUGCUGAGUGCUUUUAUGUAGCGCUAGCAGAUAAAUAAAUCAAAUCCAUAAUGAAAAUAAGACACGAAACGGAAAAGAAAACGCACACCCCGUUUCUUUUCUUUCUUUAAAAAAGACAUCCUAAAGCGAGUGAAAAAAACUAAACCAAACGACGGGUAUUUACUGCAGAGACUUUUUGAGAAAUAACAAUAAAAAGCGUGUUUGUUUUUAAUGUGUAGUACUAGGUAACUCAUCAUGGAGCAUGAUCUCUGAACCUUGGCUCCACGUCUCCACUGAGCGACAUUAUAAGCAAUACGUCACGACAGGGUGUCCGUCGUCGAGGGAUACCGCCGCGCCUCGGGUGCGCUGUGAGACACGAGCCCAUAUCCCAUAAUGAUACACACACGGAGUGCCACAUUGCGAUUAUACAAUGGCAGUCUGAAAUGAAAAACAACAUACAAAAUGAGCUUUAAAGAGAACCGCGGCCAUGUCCCACAGCCCAUUGAGGCGAACGGGGCGGGCGAUCCCUGCCAUUGUAUCAUUGUUAUCAGAGCACCCUUCUUUCUGCAACCUCUCAACAACAGUAACGUUACACAAAAAAAACUAAGAAAAAGAAAAACAAAGCUUGAAAAAAAAGAUACAUGGUCAUCGUUUUCUUUCUGUUCAUUACUGUGCUGUAACUUAUGUUAAUAAAUUAUUUUCUAAUCAUUCAGA